UCGAAAUGAAGUUGUCUGCGGUGCUGCUGCUGCAAUUGCUGCUACUAAGAGCCAGGCUCUCAGCUGGUUGGGGCUUUUAUAUGUUCACUGCAAAGAUAAUGAAAUUUGAGCCUCUGGAUGGCGUCGAGCAGAAUUUAAUUGAUUUUCGCAAUGUUAGCAUUGAGGGCGGGGAUCGUGCGCUCAAUGGCACUGUUCACAUAGUGGAGGACAUGGAGCCGCAACAAUUUCAAAUGUCCAUUGACUUGCAACACGAUCCCAAGCUGAACGAUCAAUGGCACGGGAUGCUCCUGUCUGUGCCCAUUAUGGACAUUUGCUCGGCAAUGCGCUUGUUUGUGGGCACCUAUGGCAAGACGACGCUGCGCCAGGGCGAAAAUACGAAUCUGCCCUUCACGGGCAAAGAGUGUCCAUUGACCCAGGGCGUAUACUAUGUGAAAAAUCUGCUGAUUAACACCGAUACCUGGCCGGACCUGACGCCCUUCGGUGGCUUGCGGCUCAAUAUGCGUUUCUAUAAGCUUGGCAGCUUCGUGGGCGGCUUUCGACUGACCCUCCACGUGGAGCGUAAGCCUGUGUAAUGACAGCGCCAAGGC